AAUGCCUGGACCCGCACACACGAGCCACGGCAGCUCUAGGGUUGAGCAGAAGGACGGUGACUGGACCUGUCCCCAGUGCAACUUCCACAACUUUGCCCGCAACUACGAGUGCAAACAGUGUCGACUACCCAAUACCGGAGAUUUCUCGCCCGUAUCACGUGGUCCUCCCGCCGGAGG